GCCAGCAAUGCAAAUUUAAGAAAGCGAAAGCACCGAAUAAGCUAUAAAGAGUGAAGCACAAAAACAGCGGAAGUUUUAUUAACCGAGGAAUCGCCCAGAGUUGGGUAGUAAAUGAAAUGAGAUGUCGCAAAUGAUGGAAAAGUCUACCGAGAACCCCAGUGAGGACAGAGCGUCCUUCAAGAGCAACGGGUCCAUCAAGAGCGAUGAGAAGUUGUCGACCGAUGGCGGCACAAAGUCGGGCAGGCUGAGAUCGUUUAGAAAGAGCAUCCAGCAUGCAACACAGAAGAGUCCUCUGUCAUCUGUCAAGGGAUCAAAGGUCACAACCAAAUCAGAUACACCUACAAAUGAGUCAGAUUCUGCGGCUUCGCCACCACCUCCGUCACCCAGUCUGAGCGCCGGCUCUCCAGCCACCCCUCUGAAGAACAACCAGAAAAAAGAAGAUGAUGAGGCAGAUGCUUCUUUUCGCAUAUCCAAACCACUGACACGAUCAAAGACAGAUCCUGGUAUUUCCAAAUUCAGUAAUUCUUUUAUGAAAAGAGGAGCAUCCAUUCGUCGGAGUCUGAAAAUGGUUACUAAGAAGGAUACUGAUAAAAUCUCCACUAAGGCCAUCUCUGAAGCCUCAAUGGAGGAAGACAUGGAAGAGAAAGAGGAGGAGGAGGUUCUUAGAGAAGAGAUCGAAGAUUGCUACGUACUGCCAAGUAUCCCCCUCACACCACUGUCAGUGAUGGAGAUCAACAAACUGAUAGAGACGGGGGAGCUGGAGGAGGCUCACCUGAACCUGCUCGCCCUGCGGCAGGAGUUUCAGCAGCAGCCAGAGUCGUGUUCCGAUGGCUCAGCUAUGGAGCUGGCCACGAGGGAAAAAGACCUCAACCUCCUCUAUGGAACGCUGAGGAAAAAGGUCAGCGACAUAGUGUGCGACUCCAACCCUCCCUCCUCCCAAAACAAGAAGCUGCUGCUCCAAAUGGCCCGCGUCAUCCAGGAGGAAGAGAAGAGAUUAAAAGAACCAGGAGGCCUGAAAGACAGCUGGAUGGACGCUUGGAGGGAAUCGGUUAGUGCGGGUGUGCAGGUGAAGGUGCAGAGUGUUCACUUGGACAGAGUAGAGCAGAACUCCGCCUGGUUAGCUGUUCACCUGGGCCUGCUGGGUAAAGUCAUUGUGGAGGACUUGGAGAAUGUGAAGCAGGAACUGCGGUGGUCCUACCCACCCAGUUUUAAAGUCUUCAGCACUUAUGUGAGAGGUUAUAACAGAGUUGUUGCACAGCACCUGAAGAAGCUGGAGCAGCAGGUGACGGAGCUGAAGGAUUUCUAUGGUCUGCUGGACUGGAUCAUUAACAAGUACAAGAGUGAGAGGAUCAUGGGAAGUCUGUCUCUGCAGCCAGACAUCCAAGAUGAAAGCACUGAUCUGCAGCUUGAGGAGAACUUCCUGAAACAAGUGAAAGAGAAGUACUGCAGGAGAAUGCAGGAGGAACUGAAGAUGAUACAGAACAGAGUCAUUGAACUUGAAAAUGAAGAGGUGUGGAAGGAUGGCAAGGCUCCUAAAAAGGAGGACAACUUCCCCAUUUCUUCAUUUCCCAUUGACAUCUCAACGAGUGUGAAAUCGUUUGUUUUAAACUCCAUCAAACUUGAUGCUCAGCUGGAAAAGAAAGUGGUUUCUUCCUGCCUCGAGCAGUUGAAACAGUUCCCAAAUGGGUUUGAAAAAGCGUUCAGCCAGCAUUGCACCUCCCACCAGCCUUUGUGGACAGAGUAUCGCAUUACAUACAUUAACAGCUUUACUUCUUUAAAGAAACACAUGGAGGAGUACAAAGAAACCUGUAAAGAUGGGGUGAACGGCUUUCAAAAAGCGGUAGAUAGUUUGAUUGACAAGCUCAUGCGAGACCUAGAGGAUCAGUUUAAAGAAGAUGUCAAGUCUUACUUAAGGAGAAUGAUGACAAGGAAAUGGCUCACCAACGAUGAAGACUUUGAUCAACUCUACAGCCGGACAAAGCUGCUUUCCCAGCAGUGCAGUCUCAUGAUGCCACCACAUGCCAAGGCGUUUGCAAGCAAAUUGCACUACCAUGUGGUGAUAGAAUACAUCGGUCAGCUGAUGAAGAGUAACUACUCGUGCAAAAAUCGGAAACACGAGAAGGCCGCGACCAAGAUCCAUCAUCAGUGGAAUAAACUCAGUGAUCUAUUUGAGGACAUGAAGUCGAAUAAUGAGUGGCUCUACCAUGUAGGAGACGACUUGAGCAACAUCAUUGGACAGAAAAACACAUCAGACAUCAAGAACCAUCUGCAGCCUGUAAUAGAGCAUUACCCAGACUUCAGUAAGAAGCACCUGGUUGGUGUUCUAUACUUCAGGGGGCUCAUGAGGGGCCACGAACACCAGCUGAUCCUCCGGCGACUCACAGCACUGAAGAAGGAAGUGAACAUUGCCAGCAGUGACAGAAACCAAGUCUUAUUUAGUAAUAUGCAGGUUACGGUCAACACAAACUGCCUGUCCAACUUCCCUUACUCCUGCUUCAGCUUUCUGAUGCCAGACAACUAGGAAAACACUGCAGGUGUAACACAACAGAGUCGUGUAAUGAAGUGUGUCACCUGUGGAUUGGUAUUGGUGACCUGUCCAAAGCCUUAUAUACUUUGCACUACUGAUAUUUGUUAUGUCAUUUUUUUUCUUUUGUGGGGUGUUGCUUGUUUGUUUGUUUUUUGUUUAUUUAUGUGAUAAGAUACAAAUAACUCGGACUAAAAUGAAUGUAUCACUCAGACUGGACAAAGUUCUCGUCAGUAAAGCAAACAUGAUUUGAGGGAUAUUUGUUAGUUCACUGUUCACUGAGUUAAAAAUCUAUUUCUACUGAUGGGGUUAAAUUAAAGCUCACUCAAUGAUCCUUUCUAGAGUGUAGCAUCAGGUGAUUAUAAUGUGGACUCAUGUUAGUACUUUGCUUCUUGCUGGUCAUGUGAGCAGUGGACUGUGUUUAUACUGUUCAUACUUGAUGUGUUAUAUAUAAUGACAGUGUAAACUAGGAGAUCUAAACUAAAUUGUGUUUAAUUUAUGUGCAUGUGUGUAAAACCUUCUUCAGGAUAAUAUGAAGCUAACAAAUGACGUGUUUGCCGCAGUGCAUAUGUAUAUAAAUAUAUAAAAAGUAUAUGUAUUUAAGACUUAAAGAUAAAUAUUUGCUGGCCAU